AGCGGCUCACUUCGCCAAUGACCUUGAACAUGCUGGAUAAUUUCAGCCAUCUAACUUUAGUAACUAGAUUUGGCACAUUUAACAAAAUGUAAACCUAUUAGAGCUGGGCCAGCCAAAUUCAACUGAAGGCUGACUGUAGUUAUAAACUCAUGGCCUUACUACAAGAUGAAAACUUCAAAGCAGAGUUACUAGCAGAUUUACAAGCUGACCCUACCAAAUUUUUUACAAUGGUAGAACGAGAGUUGGAAGGUAUAUCCAAGACAAAGCCUGUGGAUCAGUAUGUCCGUUUGCAGAAAAUCGGUCAGGGUACUUUUGGGGAGGUUUUCAAAGUUCGGCAUAAGUCCACAAAGCAGCAUUUUGCUCUGAAACGAAUACGUAUGGAGCAAGAAAAAGAAGGGUUUCCCAUAACUGCUUUAAGAGAAAUCAGAAUUUUACAAUCCCUCGAUCACGAGAACAUUGUGCGUCUGAAAGAAAUAUGCCAUAGUCCACCUAAUGCUGGCAAUGGAUUUAAACCACAAUUUUAUCUCGUUUUUGAGUUUUGUGACCAUGAUCUUGCGGGUCUGAGUCAACAAAUUGACUUUACAGAACCUGUUAAGAAGGCAAUUAUGAAACAAUUACUCACGGGAGUAUUUUAUCUUCAUCUAAAUAACGUUUUACAUCGUGAUUUAAAAGCUGCAAACAUUUUGAUUGACAAAAAUGGUAUUCUGAAGAUAGCUGAUUUUGGCUUAGCUCGUACCACUGUUGCGUCUAUUCGACCUGAUAGACCAACACGCUAUACUGGUCGCGUGGUUACGUUGUGGUAUCGACCUCCAGAAAUUCUGUUAAAUGAUCGUCAUUAUGGAAAGCCUGUUGAUAUGUGGGGUGCUGGAUGUAUUAUGGCUGAAUUAUGGACAAAGUAUCCGAUUAUGCAGGGGGAUAACGAAAUAAGCCAGUUGAACUUAAUCAUCAAUCUUUGUGGAUCUAUAACACCUGAAAUUUGGCCUGGUGUAGAACGUUUAGAAACUUAUCGAGAAGCUCGUUUACCACAAGAUAUCAAGCGCCAUGUUCGAGAGAAACUAACUCCUAAAAUUUCAUCUCUUGCUGCAGUUGAUCUUAUUGACCAGUUGCUUGUCUUAGAUCCUAGCAAACGUCUUGAUGCUGAACAAGCUCUUCAACACGAUUAUUUCUACGAGGAUCCUCCUGCAGGUGAUUUAAGAUCAUUUUCUAAAUCUGGAACAUCAUAUCUUGAAUUUUUAUCAUCGAGCAAUGUUCGUGGUCGUAUGUUGCAGGGUGCAAAUCGUGCAGGAAUAGUUCGAGGACCUGUUGUUGGCCCAGGUCAGCAGAUGAACUACCUUAGUGGGCCUGGUAUUAUGCAUCCGAAUCGUCGUCCACCUCAACCAGAUGAUAAUUCGUAUUACGAACGUGUUUUCUAAAAACUACGUGUAAAUAAGUUUAUCUGAUUUCCUCUUUUUUAUUCUUAUUCUUGUACUUAGUGUCACUUUUGCAUAUAUUGUGGUGAUAUAAUACUUUAAAUAUUGAUACUACUAAUCUCAACCCUUUAGGAAAGAAAGAACUUGUUAAUUUUGUUCGGCAUUCAGUAAUGACUUAGAAAAGUUUGCUAGUAUACUGUAUAAUUACCAAAAAGAUAUCUUUCUCUGAGUUCCCAACCAAUGUUUUAUCAUAAUCACCUUGUUGCGUAAUGUUCUAAUCGCCUAAUAGUAUUAUUAUGUAUAGACCCUUCUUUGAUAUCUCAACAUUUCAUUGACUUUCUAAAAUACACAUGACCAGUCGUUUUUGUUGGAAUUCGCAUCAUUAUUUUAAAAAAAUCAUGUAAAUACCAUUAUACAGCCUUCUAAUAAACUUGUUGAAAACAGUCACUUCUCUGAAUCACUUUUUUCGAUUAUAUAUAUGUCCUGAGGAGGAUUUUCCAUCUAUCUAGGCACACACCAUGGAUAUGACGAGCCAGUUCUGUGUCUUUAGGCAUGCUAGUUACACGUCUAGUAUAGAUGAUUGCAAAGAGCUUUACUAACGGAAUAUGCUAGGGGGAGAUUAGUUGCGGAUUUCAAACAAACCUGCAUAGUAUAUAUAUUCACAGCUGCUUAUGUAUUAAUGUCUUCUGAUGGCUUCAUUUAUCCAGAAGUUGACAUGGUGUAAGUACAUGUACUUUUAGAGUGUUCACCACCUGCACGUUUCUCUGUCGUCAUUUGGCGAAUUCUCGUAUGACCUAACCACAAUUUGAUGGUAAGUUAAACUUACAAUAAUUUUAUAUUCCAGUUGGAUGGGUGCUUAGGUAUUAUUGGGGAUGGUUUUUUACAAGCAUGUUUCUGCAUCCAUUGUUAGCAGCCUCACCAGUGAGGGGGUACUGAAGAAUAUAAAAUGUUUUAGCACUUCAGUUAGUGUUUGCCGCGUCAAGUAGGAACAUAGGGCCUCAGACGCAC